GCGACCGGAACGAAUGUUCUGAUCCCGUGGUUCUCGGCCGGACGUGUUCCCACAAGGCACCGCGUCCUCGUGAGUCGACAAAAGCUGUGGUGCUAGCGUUGAAAGAAGAUGUUUCUGACACGCUCAGAGUAUGACAGAGGUGUGAAUACAUUCUCGCCUGAAGGACGAAUCUUCCAGGUGGAAUAUGCCAUCGAAGCCAUCAAGCUCGGCUCGACUGCGAUUGGCAUCCAGACCUCGGAGGGCGUUUGUCUGGCGGUGGAGAAGAGAAUCACGUCCCCCCUCAUGGAGCCCAGCAGCAUCGAGAAGAUUGUGGAGAUCGACGCUCAUAUAGGUUGUGCAAUGAGUGGGCUGAUUGCAGAUGCCAGGACACUUACAGACAGGGCAAGAGUUGAAGCUCAGAACCACUGGUUCACGUACAACGAGCGGAUGACAGUGGAGAGCGUCACGCAGGCCGUGUCCAACUUGGCACUCCAGUUCGGCGAGGAGGAUGCCGAGCCUGGUGCUAUGUCUCGCCCGUUUGGAGUAGCACUCCUCUUUGGAGGAAUCGACGAGAAGGGACCACAGCUCUUCCACAUGGACCCAUCGGGCACCUUCGUGCAGUGCGAUGCUCGUGCCAUUGGCUCGGCUUCCGAAGGCGCCCAGAGCUCUCUUCAGGAAGUCUACCACAAGUCUAUGACCCUGAAAGAAGCCAUUAAGACUUCCCUAACCAUCCUCAAGCAGGUCAUGGAGGAGAAACUCAAUGCAACCAACAUCGAGCUGGCCACGGUGCAGCCGGGUAAACUCUUCCACAUGUACACAAAGGAGGAGAUUGAGGAGGUUAUAGCAGACAUAUGAGCGCUGCAGCGUCGAUGAUGAGCAACGAAGUUAAGCCACUCUGUGUACAAAUCUCCUUUACAUUUACACCACAUUUUCAUGAGCCACAUCACCCAAGUUUGCCAUUCCGGCAGCAAGUUUCCUUAUUUUGGGUCAAAACGACAAAUGGGUUGUGAAUUUGGGCCAUACCAGAAAUUUUCCAGGCCACUUUAGCUUCAUGGGCUUGGGCUUGAUUCCCUUCGUCAUAAUUGAGGCGGAGAAAAAAUGCAUCGCCGGACAUGUUAUGAUAAAAAUGUGUGGGUGGUGGGAACAUUUAAUUUUGUCAGCAACACGGUCCUGAGGCUUUUCCUCGCAAGUAUUUAUGGGAAAGUUCUGCUCGGAUCUAUUUCUGGGAAAGACCUGCCCAUCUUCCUUGACAACUCGGGAUAUCAUGGAAACAACACUUUCAUAGGUAAAUCGAGUUUUCCUUCAAUUAGAGUUCUGGGAGAAAUCAGGGCAAUUCAGGCCAACUCGAGUUGGCUCAAGGUGGCUAUCUUACAGAAUCUGGGUACAAUUUGUCUUUGCAGUUUCCUAUUUCAUCAAAGUGAAACUAGACAUUUUCAAAAGUGGUAAUUGUACCCAACUCUUUCAUAUUUUGAGCAUUUAUGAUAAGAAUAAAAAAACAUCCCUGUUGUACUUUUUAACUUAAACAAAAAUAAAUCUGCCGCCACAUUGUUGCUCAACUGGAAAAUAAACGGAGUUUUGUUAAUGGAUGUUUGAGCUUCCGGAGAUUUGUUGGCUCAGGUUGUUGCAGCGUAACUGGACAGAGUAAUCUGAUGAACGUUUGGUUGUGGAAGAGUGUCAAAAGUAAAUGUCACCUUUUUGUUGUUGCUGCAGUUUAUUUAAAUGACCAUUGUGUAACAACAUCUACAACAGUGUAUAUUACAACAGGGAGUGUGCAACCUUUUUUUUUUAAUAUGGGCCACAUUGGGAGUCCAGCUGUCCCGUAGACCAGCAUGCCAGCCUGGUCGCAGCAAACAGCCUGCUGAGUAACCCUCCGAGCGUUCACGUGUCUCGAGCGUUCACGUGUCUCGAGCGCUCACGGGCCGGUCGAAACCACUUGGCGAGCCGAUAUGGGCCCGUGCGCAGUAGGUUGCACACCCCCGUACGUUAGAAGCUACUGCACAGACGCACCGGGGGGGGGGGGGGGUGAGAAAAUUGCUCCCAAGAGAAAAGGAAACGCUUUUCUCCCCAGGUUAACAUUGCACUCGCAAUGCUCUUCUGCGGCCGUAACUCGUGUGUUGGUAUUGUAGGGGACAAUUUCCAUUAGCUGUGGCCAAUUUGUAUGCUUCGAUUGCGUAUUUUUUUUUGUAAAAGGUAAACUUCGUAGGAAUUUACACUGUUGACUAUCAGGACAGGGGUUUGGCUUGUGUGCAAGGUGAUACGUCUCCAGUAGAUGGCGCUGCCUGCAGGUGGACUUGUAAAGCAGGUGACCCAAGGCUUGCUCUCAACAAGAUGUACUGUCAAAUGAAAGUGGAAUAAUAAAAAAAACACAUUUGAAGUAUUCUAGACCUGUGCAUCUUGGUGGUCAUUGUUAUCGUAUGCCUGUUUUCAUCCCAGCAAAAACAUUUUAAAGGAAUAGUUUGACAUUGUUUAUUUGGGUUAGUGAACAGAAAAGAGUUCACUCUUGAAAUUUGUUUAACAUUCUUGUGAGUGUAUUGGAAACUAAAUUUGGAAUAAAGUGAGUUUUUAUAUUUGUGA